ACUCCUAAUAUAUAUGUAUAUUUAUAUGUGGCCCUUGCCACACCUAUAGGGACACUCUCUCUCUCUCUCAACUAUUUUCUUAUAUCAAACAGAUGCUUCUUGAUACAAGUACAUGGUGAAGGCAAAACUUGGUCUGAGCUGAAGAUUCAAAAGACAUUAUAAUCUCUUUGAUCUUCCAAACAAAAGCUCAAAUUACGAUCGGUCCUUUUUUGAAAGAUGGUUGCCUUUGGUAAAAAGCUGAAGGAAACACAAAUUCAAGAAUGGCAGAGAUACUACAUUAACUAUAAGCUACUGAAGAAGAAAGUAAACCAAUAUGCUCGACAAAUUGAGGUUGGAGAUCAAGAUCACUAUUAUAUACUAAAGGACUUCUCGAAAAUGCUGGAUAAACAGAUUGAAAAGAUUGUCUUGUUCUUGUGGGAGCAACAAGGGCAACUCGCAAGAAGGUUAUCCAAUCUUGGGGAACAACAUGCAGAUGUCUCAAACAUAUCUGAAUUACAAGAAGCGUAUAGAGAGGUUGGAUGGGAUCUUUUGAGGCUUCUCUUUUUCGUAGAAAUGAAUGCCAUUGGUCUCCGUAAGAUAUUGAAGAAAUUCGACAAACGCUUUGGAUAUAGGUUCACUAAUUACUAUGUCAAAACUCGUGCAAAUCAUCCUUAUUCUCAACUGAGACAAGUGCUCAGGCACGUGGGUAUUGAGGCUGUUGUAGGAACCAUAUCUCGCAAUCUGGCUGAUCUUCAAGAUCAUCAAGGGAGCUGCGUAUCAAUCUAUGAUCGGCCUACUCAUCCUCUACCAGACCCUGUCAUUGAUUCUAUAAAAGCAGCAGUUGACCGUCUAACAAACUCGACAAAUUUCCUCGAAUAUCUGGGAAAGCAUGCACUUAUCGUGCAAGAGGAGUUACCAACUCCAACCAAGGAUCAUGUUCUUGAUGAGAGAUAUCAUUUUAUGUCGCUUCUUUUGAACUUAGUCAGCACUUUUUUGUAUAUGGUCAACACAUACAUUAUUGUCCCAACGGCAGACGACUACUCCAUAAGCCUUGGAGCUGCUGCAACCGUUUGCGGUGUUGUGAUUGGGGCAAUGGCAGUUGCACAGGUGUUUUCUUCAAUAUACUUCAGUGCGUGGUCAAAUAAAUCGUACUUCAGACCUCUUGUAUUUAGCAGUAUUGUUCUUCUUGUGGGGAACACCUUAUAUGCCUUGGCUUAUGAUCUUGACUCCAUAUAUGUUCUUCUAAUUGGCCGCCUAUGUUGUGGGUUGGGUUCUGCCAGAGCUGUUAACAGGCGUUAUAUCAGCGAUUGUGUACCUCUUAAAAUGCGAAUGCAGGCUUCUGCAGGUUUUGUUAGUGCCAGUGCCCUUGGAAUGGCAUGUGGUCCUGCUCUCGCUUGCGUACUCCAAACUCAAUUUAAGCUCUUCAAUAUUACAUUUAACGAAAACACUUUGCCCGGAUGGGUUAUGGCUCUGGCAUGGCUCAUCUACCUACUGUGGUUGUGGAUUUCAUUCAGAGAGCCAUCUUCUUAUGAGGAUGAAGAUAGUGUUGUAUCACAGGAUGCGAAAGCUGAACUACUAGAAAAUGGUGAACUAGAGGACGCCCAACCAUUGAUUUUAAGCUUGGAAGAGAAGCAAUAUGAUGAAGAAGAAGAAGAAGAAGAAGAAGAAGAAUGUGAUAUUAGUGAAGAAGCUCCGGAGGAGGCUAAAAAACCAGUCACCUCAAUUGUAUCAGCAUACAAGUUGCUUACACCAUCUGUAAAGGUUCAGCUAUUUGUGUAUUUUAUGCUCAAGUAUGCCAUGGAGAUUGUACUUGCAGAAUCAAGUGUCAUCACUACGUAUUACUUUGUUUGGUCAACCACCAAUGUGGCUAGUUUUCUUGCCUGUCUUGGGGUGACAGUUCUUCCUAUAAACAUUUUCGUUGGUAGCUAUAUUAGCAACGUGUUUGAGGAAAGACAAAUAUUACUGGCAUCAGAAAUUCUGAUCUGUUUAGGGAUAAUUCUAAGCUUCCACAUAAUAGCACCUUACUCUGUGCCUCAAUACAUCUGCUCAGCUCUUAUCACAUUUGUAUCUGCUGAAGUUCUCGAAGGUGUGAACCUAUCACUCCUAUCUCGGGUCAUGCCAUCACGGCUUUCUCGUGGGACGUACAAUGGUGGGCUGCUUUCAACAGAAGCCGGGACCCUGGCUCGAGUAAUUGCAGAUGGGACGAUAACAUUGGCUGGGUAUUGGGGUAUGAGUAGGCUCUUAAAUGUCACCCUUUUGCCGUCUCUCAUAAUCUGUAUCUCUUCCAUCGUAGCCACCUGUCUUAGCUACAAUUCUCUCUAUUGAUUAGCAUAUCAACGGUGUACAUGGAGCAAACGAGCUUCUUCAUAAAUCUGUUAGGAUGUUUUGGGAAGAUGGUUAAAAGUUGACUUUUUAACUUUUUUACUUUUUUUUUGAUUUUUUUUUUUUGUGAGAGAAGAAGUGAGUUAAAAACUGGGAAGCAGCUUUUAACCCACUUCCCAAAAUAGGUCGUUAUAUAAGCUAAAGUUAAAUGCAGUGAAAUGCUUGUAUUGUGUCCUUGUACAUUUCUUUGUGGAGUUUGACAAUGUGAAUUUUAUAUGCCAUUUGGCACUAAUGUGUUU